AUGGACCCGGAGUGUUUGAUCUCCUGGAUGUUUGCCUGGUGGGGGCAGGAUGGUGGCGCCAAGCUGGGCUCUGAACGCCGAGCUGCCACGUGUCCUCGUCCAGGCCACGCGGGCCAAUCUCUGGGCCCGGCAACAGGGUCUGCAGGCGCCCUCGCCGCGGGAGGGGCCAGCGAGAGACGGGCUCCAGCGCCACCUGGCGGCCUCUCGGCGUCACUGCAGGCGCAGCCACGUCCCGCCCGCCCCGCGCACCCGCGCCGCGCGCCGUCGAGGUCCCCGCGUCGCCGCCCUCUGCCUUUCGUAACUCGGCGCGGGGGUCUGGGUUUGCAGGGCCUUGAAAACGAGCCCCUGGCGCCUUGCGCCCUCUCUUCCGGCGCUCUGGCCGCAGAUUCGGGUAGCGCCGGCCACCGUGGACCAUUUUUCUUUUUUUCCUUCUUUGUGGCGUUCCAGGAUUUUCUCUUCCGGGUCGCUCUGAGGCACGGUCAGGGGUGCCAGCAUUCCCGGUUUGGCAUUGAACCCUCGGACUCUGCAAACACCUUCGAGGGGAAGCCCCCUUUUGCGCUUGCGCCGCGCCUCCCGCGGCCGGGAGCUAAGUCGGGCUGGCAGGGCCAGGUGGCACAUAAGGGGGGCUUAAAAGAAGACUUCUCCCAGAGACCAGUGCGGCUGCUGAUUAUGUUUAUCCCAACAUCACCAAAAGAGGAAGGAGACAAAGGUAGCUAUAAAUUCAUGACGUAAUAGCUUUUAUUAAAGUGGUAGCAUGGAAAAUUCCAAAGUUACCUAGGAGCUUCCAGUUAGGGUGUGCUUAGCCCACGGAGCCACUAGGAAACUCAGAAUAUGUUACCCACUGAUCAAGGCCAGGGAUCAAACCCGAACCUCAUGGCUCCUAGUCAGAUCCGUUUCCCCUGCGCUACGACGGGAGCUCCAACUUACCGCCUUUUCUACUUUCUCUCCUCACCUCUCUCUCUUUGUUCUAAAAGAGAACCUAGCAUCUAAACUUGGGCAAGAUGGUUUUUUGGGACACUAGUCCCAAAAGACUUCUCUGUCUGCCAGCUUUCCAAACGAAUAAAGGAAUAAAGUAUUUUCUCUGCUCCAAGAA